CGCGGACUAGAGGAUUGGGACCUCAGCGAGCUUCGAUCUCUUCGGGCAUCCCUGAAGAUGAACGAUGUCGACUGUUACACCGGAAGUGGAGAGAACUACCGAGGAACUGUGGGAGUGACGGAAACUAACGAACCCUGCCUGGCCUGGAAUUCUAAUGACAUAGUCAGCUUCCGCGCUAUAAGUACCAAAACGAUGCCUGCUGGAAAGUAUAACGUCGGCAACCAUAACUUCUGCCGUAACCCCAUUCCGGGGACCGUGUCCCGCCCCUGGUGCUAUGUGGCCUCCCGGAACGACUGGGCUUUCUGCCCCGUAUCCAAGUGCACAGCUUCUGCUUCCGGUACUACUGGCGGAUCUGCUUCCGGUACUACCGGCGGAGACCAAUCCCAGAAGGCCACGGUGACGUGUCCAGCCAUAACAGCGCCCCCUAACGCCGUGACCGGGUGCGCCAAGAACAAGGUCUACCCGGUGGGCCACAAGUGCUGGGUGCUGUGUCCGACUGGGCAGAAGAUCAUGACCACAGAGUGCCAGUCUACCGGGAAGUGGAGCGUGGAUCCCACUAAAAUGACAUGCUCGGCCGACGCUGCUUCCCAAACGGGCGGAGGCGGAAGUACCGGCGGUGGCGGGGACGGUGGUGGGAUCGGGCCGCUGGACAAGGUGUGCCCGGCGCUGAACGUCCCUACCGGCGGCUUCUCUAACUGCAAGGGCCCGCAGCGUAUCGGGGCGACCUGCGGGGUCGGCUGCCUGGGCGCCGUCACCACCGGGGUGGAGUACAUCAAGACCACCUGCAUGUCAGACAUGAAGUGGACGAAGCCAACUGAGUUCACCGCUACCAAGACCAAACUAGGCUGUGCAGGUACUCCAGUCAUCCCACCGAACGCCCUACACGUGCCCGGAGGAACUUCUGGAGGUGGUACCACCGGAGGGGGCGGUACGAGCACGGCCUGUUACAAAACUAGCGACAAGGGCAAGUCUUACCGCGGGACACAGGCCAAAACUGCCAAGGACUCCAGCGGCAAUCAGUAUGACUGUCUGAAGUGGGACGCGCCGGAACUGAAGUAUUACUUCUACAACACCGUCAACUAUCCGAACGACAAGGACGGGAUCGGCAAGCACAACUACUGCCGUAACCCUGCCCCUGAACCCGAGCCCUGGUGUUACUACAUGUACCAGAACAAGGUGCAGUUCAUGUCCUGUGGAGUGCCCAAAUGUCCCUAGAAAAGUGCGGUACACCGAGAAAAGUACGUUGUACCGAGAAAAGUACGGUACACCUAGAAAAGUACGAUACACCCAGAAAAGUACGAUACACCUAGAAAAGUACGAUACACCUAGAAAAGUAAGAUACACCUGGAAAAAUACCAUACACCUAGAAAAGUACAAUACACCUGGAAAAAAUACCAUACACCUAGAAAAGUACCAUACAAACGAGAAUUUUUUUUUUUUUUCAAAUAAGUCCAAAACGUUUCCACCGCCUUUUGGUCUUUUGAUCUAUAUUAUGCAGAUCGUUUUGUUAGCAAAUAUCUAUACCAUAAGCUGGUGGCAAUUCCCUUUAUAAUCAAGUUUAUUAUCAAAAUGUGUGUACCUACCUCCGUUCACAGGGUGCUAUGUUAUGAUGAGAGUUGCUUUUGUGAAGUUAAGUUAAAUGUUCACAUUUUUUUCUAUUUUUAUCAAACUAAAAAUGCCCUUUGCUACAAAACACAUGUAAUUCUAGGGUUAAUGCUUAUUUUCAACAACCUAUGAGGAGAACGCAAAUAACACAUAGAGCCAAAGAGUUAUCCGGCUCUUUUUGGUAACAGCAUAGAUGUACAAUUUUCUGCAAACGUACACUUUCAAUUGGAUACGUACAGAAUUCCUAUGAAUAUUUCCUAUGUUCCGUUGUUGUUUAAUUGUUGUAUCAAUGAUAUCUAAUCUAGACUUUCAAAUGCAUAGGCAUUAGGUAGUAGCCACAGGCUUGUAGGGUAGCCCUUAACAGUAUGUUCUUCAUAUAGUUAUAAUCAGUGAACAGAUAACUUAAGUCAAGCUUUAGUUCAAAUAAAAUGAAACCAAGUUAUCUAUAAUCAAAUUCUAAUCUAACAGAACAUUUAAGAGCAAGUUUACAGAAGAAAAUAUUAUGCAUGUCUCAGUUUUUUAGACUAAAUGUUAGUUUCAUUUUUUUCAUUUUUUACCCUUUUGUUUGUAGGUGACUUGUUAGCUCUAUCUUAUUGAUAUAUUAUCAAAUAUAUUCAAUGUAACAUUUGACUGGAAAUUCAGGUUGAUUUCAAUAUGUUCAAUCACAGUUAAUAUAUUCAGGAAAUUUGGCUUAUGCACAUGGAAUAUAUUAAGCAAAGUUAAAUCAUAAAUAUUACCACCGUCCCAGCGAUUACAGUGACGCAAAAUUGUACAAUGUAGGGCACAUUUUAGUACAUCUUUGUAUACUCGACAAAUCAAAAGCAUCAUGCAGGUAACAUUGAUGAUUACAUACCAGAUAGUCAAAAUCGUUGCAACUUCCAUAUCAUACUCUGAAAUUAAUGCAACCAAAUAGCUGACAUGUAGGCAGAAAUCAUCUCUGAAUGUAUUUUAUGGUUGUUCUCUACCUCUUUCUUUAUUGCUUGGUAUCGUUGUGAUUUUAAUAUAUUAUUAAAACGGUUAUGCUUACAUCUUGUC